CAUGUUUCAUUACAUUACAUGGUGACAUUGUGAAAAGUGCAACGCAAAUCACUUUGUCUGCUUUAAUACUGCUCAUGGGCUAAAAUCCCAGCACAAUUUAUCCUUUUAAUCAAUACAGGUACUGUCAGGUACACAUGCCACAACAGAAGUCCUGAUUCACCCUUUGUUAAUAUUUAACAAACCCAGUGAUCACCUCCCUUGCUCUGGUCUCAUCUCUUUGGCUCUCUACCUUGUUAUGUAACACUGCAGUUCUGCAAAGCUGCUGAUGUGCCAAAUCCAAAUACCUCCACAUUCAAUCCACUAUACUGCACGACCAUGGCAUGACUAUUAUCAUUAACGAUAAACUAAACUAAAGUACCCACUGCAGUGAUUAUAUUGUGCAUUAUAAUCUAUCCAAUAGCUGGUUGGUGUCAAAAGAGAAAGGACACGAGGAGGCAGACAAACAGAGGUAUCAGGACGUGACCAUGUGACCUCACCAGCUGUUGCUGUAUGCUGGUGGAGAAACAGGGAUGUGAGGGCAGAAACGACAGAGUGCGCGCGGGAGGGCGGAGAUGUGAGGAGCUGUGAGGCACACAAUGUGACUGGAAACAAUCCCUGGUUCUGCAGAGCGACAGCAGCACAGCAGGGUAAUACACGCAGUCACAUGUGAGAGACCGAAGACGGGACCCACUCACGGCUCUCUCCUGAAUCGGCAGAACACGUUUAUUUGUCACACCAGCCUGCAGCAUAACGCAGCACCCGGCAGCGGGAGGACUAGUCCACAGUGACCGCUCGCGCAUCGUCCGCUCAUCAGCUCGGACUGUGCCUGCACUCACUGCAGUUGACACGCUGAGCUGAGAGGGCAGUCUGUAAUAGGACCAAAUGGAAACAAUGGAGAAGCUAAAAGGCCACACUCCUGAUGGACCACUGGAGCUGGCGCGAGGCAAAUAGACGAUCAUUUCAUAAGUUGCAGCGUCUUUUUCUGCAUCUAUCUUAAGGACCUCCCGUGGGGUAGGCUACCAUGUCCAUAGUCAUGGGAUAGAGAGACACCGCAUCUGCCCAUUGCCAUGGAUACGAGCACUCGUAAAUUCACGGUACGGAGAUGGUUCUCCAUCUACCUGAAGAACAAAGCAGCGAGGAACAAGAACAACACAAGCUUCGGUCAGCUCGAAGAUGACAGCAUACUGAAGGAGUUUGACAUCAGCCACCAUGUGAGGGAGGGCUGUGAGAAAGCAGACCCCUCACAGUUCCAGCUGCUCAAGGUGCUUGGCCAGGGCUCCUAUGGAAAGGUGUUCUUGGUGAGGAAGAUCCGAGGAGCAGACAGAGGACAGCUGUACGCCAUGAAAGUUCUUAAAAAAGCUACACUCAAAGUUCGAGACCGUGUGCGCUCGAAAAUGGAGAGGGACAUUCUGGCAGAAGUCAAUCACCCCUUUAUAGUUAAACUGCACUAUGCUUUCCAGACAGAGGGGAAACUCUAUCUGAUCCUUGACUUCCUCAGAGGAGGCGACCUUUUCACUCGCUUGUCAAAGGAGGUGAUGUUCACAGAAGAAGAUGUGAAAUUUUACCUUGCAGAAUUGGCCUUGGCUUUAGACCAUCUUCAUAGUUUGGGAAUCAUCUACAGAGACUUGAAACCAGAAAAUAUUCUGUUGGAUGAAGAAGGACACAUCAAGAUCACUGAUUUUGGCCUAAGUAAAGAGGCUAUUGACCAUGACAAAAGAGCAUAUUCCUUCUGUGGGACAAUCGAGUACAUGGCCCCUGAGGUAGUCAACAGAAGAGGACAUACUCAGAGUGCAGACUGGUGGUCCUUUGGUGUCCUCAUGUUUGAAAUGUUGACAGGAUCCUUACCUUUCCAAGGAAAAGAUCGCAAGGAAACCAUGGCACUCAUCCUCAAGGCAAAGCUGGGAAUGCCACAGUUCCUCAGUCCUGAAGUGCAGAGUUUAUUAAGAGCUCUCUUCAAGAGAAACCCUGCUAAUCGACUCGGUGCAGGGCCAGAUGGAGUGGAAGAGAUAAAGAGACAUCGCUUCUUUGCAUCCAUUGACUGGAAUAAGUUGUACAAAAAAGAAGUGAGGCCUCCAUUUAAACCCUCAGUGGGGCGGCCUGAGGAUACCUUCCACUUUGACCCAGAGUUUACCUCCAGAACUCCCACAGAUUCUCCCGGCAUUCCCCCCAGUGCAAAUACACAUCAGUUGUUCCGUGGCUUCAGCUUUGUAGCAACCAAUCAAACUCAAGAGGCCAGUGUUAACAUUGUAGCACCUUCCCGCAAUGAGGUGAAUAAUGUCAACACUACAACACAGCAUCUUCGAGGUGAUGUACCAUUCAGUGAAGUUUAUGAACUAAAAGAAGAAAUUGCACAGACGACCACAUCAGUUUGUAAGAGAUGUCUGCACCGAAUUACUGCUGUGGAGUAUUGUGUAAAGAUUAUAGACAAAACCAGAAAGGAUCCCUCAGAGGAGAUUGAGAUUCUGCUGCGUUAUGGCCAACAUCCAAACAUUACCACCUUAAAAGAUGUUUUUGAUGAUGGGCAACGCGCAUAUCUGGUUCAAGAUCUACUGAGAGGAAAUGAGCUGCUGGACAGAGUUUUGACAAUGCCAAAUUUUACAGAGAAAGAUGCAUCAGACAUAAUUUGCACACUAACAAAAACUGUGGAAUAUUUACACUCACAAGGGGUUGUUCAUCGAGAUCUUAAACCCAGCAAUAUCCAGUAUGCUGAUGACAGCGGCCUGCCUGAAAGCCUUCGCUUGUCUGAUUUUGGCUUUGCCAAACAGCUCCGAGCUGAAAAUGGUUUACUGAUGACUCCCUGUUACACUGCUACAUUUAUGGCUCCUGAGGUUUUGAAGAAACAAGGCUAUGAUGCAGCGUGCGACAUUUGGAGUUUGGGGGUUCUGCUUUACACCAUGAUCGCUGGUUUCAGUCCAUUUGCCAGCAGUCCUAACGACACAGCAGAGGAAAUACUGGCCCAAAUUGGAAGUGGGAGAGUCAUAAUCACUGGAGGGAAUUGGGACCUGGUGUCAGAUACAGCAAAGGAUCUUGUUACAAAGAUGUUGCAUGUGGACCCACACCAGCGGCUCACGGCUCCACAGGUCCUGCGUCAUGCAUGGAUAGUAGAGAGAGACAAACUUUCUGACAAAGCCCUGACAAGGCAAGAUGUUUUUAGAGUCAAAGGGGCACUGUCGGCCACAUAUUGCGCACUGAGACGGUGCACCCCAGCUCCUGUUCUUGAGCCCGUCCAGUCCUCCAGCCUGGCGCAGCGCAGAGGGAUGAAGAAAGUCCCAAGUCCAAGCGUCAGUCCCAUUGUCCAGGCAGACUCCAAAGAAAAGGAGCAAUCCAGUGAUCACACUCCAAACACAAAAGGUUAAGGAGAAUUUAUGACUGUGUAAGCACCUUCAAUCAGUUAGCAAUGAGGCACAUACCAUAUCCACCAAUACCACCACAUAAAAAACCCCAACAUGUAUUCAAUCAUUAUUUUGAAUAAUGCACUACAAAUUAUUACUGUACAAUUAUAAACAUUGUCCUGCUUUAAUCAAGCUUAGUAAUAAUAGCAGUAGAAAUAGUGUGGACCAAAAGUAGCUUUUACAUGAAAUGUAUUAAUAUAUGAUGAUUGACAAUUGUGAGUACAGUGUUAUUCAUUAGCUUUAAUUUUAAAGUAAUUCAUAACAAAAAAAAAUAGAUUUUCUUUUUCAUUCACUGUGCAUACUUAUGUGCACAUUGACAAUAAUUUUGUAGCAUAUUUAAAAACUAGCACAGAAACAAAUGAUCUGCUUUUCUGACUUGUGCCGUCUUUUACUCACAGCCUUUUUCCGACAAAUGUAUUAGUUGUUUGUGUUCCAGAAAAUCCAAACCUGUAUGUCACAUAGAUGCUUUAACUGCAGUUAUUGGAUCUGCUAUGUUUCUAGAAUAGACACUAUGGGUAGCACUAGAAUCAGAAAUAAAGUGUCUCUCUUUGAGUCCACCACGGUAGCCCCAAUAGGAUGUGCUGAGUUUUUCCAUCACUAAAUAAUGGCAAAACUAAUAAGAGUAGCAUUGUUGUACUGUAACAAUAUUAUGUGUUUUCGCAAUGAAGUUCAACCAAAUAUUCAUAUUGUGCAAGUACGCACAAAAUUACACUGUGCAUUACACUGGUAAAAAAAAAAAAAUGUAAGUAUAGUUGGAGUAGGAGCUGUAAAUAUGGUUUAGAUAGAAUCACAACUUGUACAUUAUUUAGAGAAGCUAAAGCUAGUUUAUCUGUAUAUUGUGCUACACAGAUUUAUGCAGACAGACAUUUGUUGUAUAUAUUAUACUUGCAGUUUAAUAGCAACUGUGUUGUUUCCAAUGCUAUGUAAAUAUUGUGAAUAGAUGGGUAAACACAACAUUUAUUGGAUUGGACUGCCAAGGUUUUACAAAUAAAGAUGAAGACUGAUUGACAACA